AGUACAUCUGUUUUUGAUUUUUCUUUUUAAAAUCGUGUUUCAGUUCGUCUGUGUUGAAAGUGAAAACGCAUCGAUGAUGCAGUGAGACAGAAAUCAAUGUAGGUCACUGCUCCUCCAAGAGACUAAUCUGCUGCAUGUUGACUCAUUUAACUCAAAGGAGACAUCUUUCUCUCAGCUUCCUUUAUCUUCUGUUCACAGAAUUCUGUUGAAAGUUUUGAAAUGGCAGCUGGUUUUAUCAAGAGCAAAAAAGGUUUUGUUAGAGCUUCAGUUUAAUGCUGAGAUUAAAAGAUGUGAGACUUUGCAGAACAUUUCAGUUUCUUAUUUAACAAGAAGUCUGGACGAUCCUGAUUAAAGCCAACAUGAAGUUUGGCAGCCGGCUCUGCACCCUGAAUGUUGGCGGUCGCAGGUUUUCCUUCCCAGCCGACUUGAUGAAGCAUCUUCCUCUCAGUAGGCUCAGUCGGCUGCAUGGAUGCGGCUCAGAGAGCGAGCUGUUGGAACUCUGUGAUGACUACGACCAAGACAGAAAUGAGUUCUUCUUUGACCGGCACUCUGAGGCCUUCAGCUUCAUCAUGCUCUACAUUCAACAUGGGAAGCUGCGCUUCGUGCCGCACAUGUGUGAGCUGUCCUUCUAUAAUGAGAUGCUAUACUGGGGCCUGGAGAGCUCCGACCUGCAGCCAUGCUGCCAGCGCCGUCUGGAUGACUGCCUGUCGGACUGCUUCGUCCACUUCUUCCCCGAGGAGGAGCAGCAAAAACCUGAGGAUCCUCACUGGCUAGAGAGGAUGAGGAGGACAUUUGAGGAGCCCACGUCCUCCCUGGUGGCUCAGAUCCUGACCUCAGUGUCCAUGCUCUUCGUGGUCAUCUCCAUUGUCAUGCUGUGUGCCAGCACCUUACCGGACUGGAAGGCUGAAGAGACCAUGGACCAGCACAGGUUCAGCAGAGACCCAAGACGAGCGGAGGAGGAGAUGGGAACCAGGGAAUCCAGGAUCAUCGAGGCAGUUUGUAUUGGCUGGUUCACAGCUGAAUGUGUCGUCCGUUUCCUUGUGUCUCGUGACAAAUGUGAGUUUAUUCGUCGUCCUCUGAACAUCAUCGACCUGCUGGCCAUCAUGCCUUAUUACGUCUCGGUUACCAUGACGAUGCUGACCGGGGAGAACUCCCAGCUGCAGAGGGCUGGCAUCACGCUGCGUGUCUUGCGCAUGCUUCGAGUCUUUUGGGUGAUAAAGCUGGCACGCCACUUCCUGGGCCUGCAGACUCUUGGCUUAACUUUGCGCCGCUGUUACCGUGAAAUGGUGAUGCUUCUCAUCUUCAUAUGUGUUGCCAUGGCAAUUUUCAGUGCGCUGGCUCAACUGCUGGAGCACGGAUUGGACCUGGAGACCAGAAACCAGGAUUACGCGAGCAUCCCUGCCGCCUGCUGGUGGGUCAUCAUCUCUAUGACAACGGUGGGAUAUGGGGACAUGUACCCAGUAACCGUGGCAGGCCGAGUCCUGGGCGGCGUGUGUGUGGUAAGUGGCAUCGUGCUGCUGGCACUGCCAAUCACCUUCAUCUACCACAGCUUUGUCCAGUGUUACCAUGAGUUGAAGGUCCGCUCAGUUCGCUGCAGCCACAGCUUGUCUGCCGAACUAGUCAACUGAGCUGCAUUGUCAUCAAUCGACCAAUCAUCAGACAGGAACUAAUGAACAUCAAGACUUCGAGUUUUCAUUCAAUCUGAAAUGUGGUUGGUUCAGAACUGAUUUGACUUUCAUAAAGGAGUUGUUGGACCCAAUUCAAGAAGGGUACAAGAAGUACCUGGGAAUUUACUUAACAUUUAUACAAAUGGUAUCUCUGUGUAACUAACUUUGAAAUAAUAUUAAAGAAAGACUACAA